ACUAUCAUAAACUAAACAUCUAAAUUGAAUUCGAAUACAGAAUUAUUAUCUCUGCUCAAAUAUCCAGUAUUUCUAAAUUAAUAUAAAGAUUAAAGUAUUUGAAAAUUGUUAAUUGCAUAAGUAUGUUCGAUAUAACUAAAAGGCUGCGUUUAGUUACAGAAUCAUACACAGAAAAUAAUUAUAAUCAGUUUUUUAAUCCGAAUAUCUGCCAUGUCUGUAAGUCAAGUAACCAAGACAAAUUAUUCCCAUGUGAUUCGUGUGGCAUGGUCUUUUAUUGUUGCAAUCUGCAUCAAGUGAUACAUAAAAGUUCGCAUAUGGAAAUCUGUGUAAUUAUGGCAAACGUAAGAACAGAAUAUUGGGAAUCAAACGAACGUGCUUUUAAAUCAGAAGAAGAAUGGAGUUCGUUUCGAAAGAUAUUUAUAGAAGGAAUUAAAAUGAAAAUAACACGUGAUUUAAAGUCAUACGAGAUAGAGAUGAUGAUGUGCGUAAAAUCAUGUCUUAUUUGUUACCUACAGGUUAAUCUGCGAACCUGCAACAUUUGCUAUUCCGCCAAUUAUUGUGACAAGCACUAUUUAAAAUUUCAACAAAAACACAAGUCUGUGUGCACGGACUUACUGAUAUUGUUGAACUUAAAUAUCUCAAUUAUCAACAAUGCUAACAUAAAGUUAUAUCCACAACAAAUGAAGUUAUUCCGAAUGCAAUUAGAUUUUGAAGACAUGUUUACAUUUAUUAGUCGACACGUUAAUAAUUAUAAAAAUCCAAAUAUAGAAAUUUGGUCUGAGCUGUCUUACAUCUAUUCGGAUUAUAUGUCAGCUCCGUUGACACUGUGGUACGGGUUAAUGCAAUUCGAACAUUUACUUGAUGUAGCAAAAAUGUAUAAAAUGGAAUGUAGGUUUAAACACCCAGCCCAAUAUCCCUUUAACGUACAUAUCAUAGGUGCGAGUUCAGCAGAUAUAACGGGUUUACCAUCGUGGGAGCUAUUUAUGCAUUUUUGCAGUAAAUAUGGAAAUUUUAGAAAUGUAAUUAACGAAUUAAGAGUUAUAUUGAUAGAACCAGAAACAGAUUGUGAGUGGAAUGGAUACUACAAUGUUUGCUGCGCAUGCCGCCAUUCAAAUAGAAAGCUUUAUUUUGAAAAUACCCGUGUGUCAUAUGAGGAUUAUAUACGCAGAAAUUUAUAUAAGCAAGCAAAUAUCAUUAUUACAUUUCAAGCAGAGUUUAAUGUGGAGAGUGCCCUGUUAGAUAUUUUCGUCGCAACACGAGAUCGUAAAUGUCCGUUUUUUUUCACCACAUCAUCACAAAAUAAAGCAGAAGAAAUCAUAAAUAAGAUACAAGGAGUUAUGAGUAUCCCUCAAGAAAAGUAUUCCAUAAGAAAUAAAUUCCGUAGUUUCAGGCCGUACAGAAACUACGAGACUGGGGGAAUUUAUUAUCGUAAUGUUCAUUUAGUUGUGUUCUUAUAAAGUUAAAUAAUACAAGCGAGACAACAAUAAAUUUGGUUAAUUUAUAACAGCGUUCUGAAUUUGGGAAAGUUUCAAAGGCUACAUUUACUUAUUAUAAUUUAUUUUUCUGUUCCAACUCGCCGGCAUGGCUGAGGGAUUAAUAAUUAUAUCACUCAGACAUAGCGCCGUUUGUAUGGAGUUCAAGUUAUUUAGGGGCCGGUUAUCGUAUUGUAGGAUACUCCAGUGAUAUCGGGCUCAUUUUUGUACACAAGUUACACCAUAAUCCAAUAUUAAAUUAUCUAUUAUGUCAAUUUCUGUAACCGCGUAGCUUCGGAGUUAUGUCGUCAAGCUCAAAACUCAAAAAGAAUUUUUGGCUUCGAAACGAGAAGAGCUAUGGCUUUGAGAAAAGUAAAUUACGUUAAAGAAAAUAAAAUACCAUAAGAAGAUUCAAGCAAUUGGCAACCAUGAUCAAAAAAGAGGACAAAGCUCAAUUAUCGUCACUGUAUGGAUUUAUCGUCGAAGCAAUCUGGUCUUCAUCAAAAAUAGAAAAGUAGAUUCGAUUGCUUUUAGACCAUUUGCGUAUUCGCAAAUAUAACGUUAUCUAAAUAUUUUUCCAUCAAAUACCACAGGACGAAUCAAUCUAAUGACACAGCAACCUAUUGAAAGAAAGGAAAAAAGAAGUUAAAUUAUGAUAAAAUAUUGUACGUAAUGUUUUAUACUAAUAAGCACAAUAUGCAUUAAAAACAAUAUUUUAUACUAAUAGAGAAAAAGUAUAUUUACAGAACAGAAAUAUAUUUACGGAACAGAAUAUCAGAACAAUUCUCAGUUACAAUAUCUGAUGGUAUGUUAAAAAUGAAAAUAUGGGUACAUUAAAUAUAUAAAAUAAAAAUUGGUAUUAAAAUUAUUUAACCAAGUAAGUAAAUUUUAGAAGAAGAAAGUCAGUACUUUUCGAUAAAAUUUUCAAGUAUAGCAUUCCCUUCAAUACUACGACUUGUGUCUGCAUUGUGCGAGUGCUUGUAUACUGCAAACGGAAGAUCAAAAUGUAAAAUUAAACGGAAUUUUAAAAUAUAAUUGAUAACUGAAUUUCUCAAAACUUAAUUUAAAUAUUCAUAUAAAAUAGAAUUAUUACUUUGAUAACAUUAAUUAAUUAAUUAAUAUAUAUGCACCACCUUAUUUAUAUAAGUAAAUAGUAUAUAUUUUUACGUAAGUAUAUUUAAUAUCAACUAUUUAUUAUUAAUUUAUUAUAUAUAUGUGUCGUACGGAUGAUAGCUGAAUAAUUGCCGCACAGUUUAUAGUUCAUAAUAUUCGCAAUGUACACAUGUACACAUUGUAUGUGCUAAUGGCUAUUCGAAACUCGUUAUUUCGCCAGUUAUAAUAUACAUUGUCAACAAAUCACAGAAUAUUCAAGAACAUAUUCAAAUCUAUUAGUAGUGUCCUUCGGGCUAUCAUCAACUGAACAUCAAAACUGAAUUCGUGUACAGAAUUGUCGUGUACAGAAUUAUUAUAUUCGCUCAAAUAUCCAGCAUUAUUUCUAAGUGAAUGCAACGAUUAAAGUAUUUGAUAACUGUCAAUUACAUUAAUAAAUUAUGUAUAUACAUCAACGCUUGUGCAUAUUCGAUAAAUUAUACACAGAAGAUAAUUAUAAUGAGUUUUUCAAUCCGAAUAUUUGUCAUGUCUGCAAGAGGCCGAAUCAAGGCGAAUUAAUGUCAUGUGGUUCGUGCGACAUGGUCUUUUAUUGUUCUACAGAGCAUCAAAUAAUGCAUCAAAGCUCGCAUAUGGAAGUCUGUGCAGUUAUUCCAUUUGCAAGAACAGAAGACUUGGAAUCGAACGCUCGUCCUUUUAACUCAGAUGAUGAAUGGAGGUCAUCUCGAAAGACAUUUAUGCAAGAAAUUCGGAUGAAAAUAACACGUGAUCUAAAGCCGUACGAGAAAGAGAUGAUAAUGUGCGCCAAAUCAUGUCUCAUUUGUCACCAACAGAUGGGACUGCGAACUUGCAGGACCUGCUAUUCCGCCAAUUAUUGUGACGAGCACCAAUGGGAUUUUAAAGAAAAACACGAGUUCAUGUGCUUGAAUUUAUUGGUACAUUUGAAUUUGAAUAUCUUACGUAUAAAUAACCUUAUAAAAUCGUAUUCACAUAAUGUACAAUUUUACAAUAUGAAAGAAGGUUGUGAUUACAUGUUUGCAUUUGGUAAUCGAUACAUUGUUGACCAACAUAAACUGUCGAAUGUUUGGUAUGCGGAUUGUUACAUAACGUCGAAUUAUGUAUCAGCUCCACUGACACUAUACUACGGGUUAAAGGAAUUCGCAAAUUUAUUUGAAGAAACACAGAUUUAUAGAGAUGAAUAUAAUCUUAAUCGACGCUUCAGACGCAGUUAUUUCUUUAUCGUACAUAUCAUAGGUGCGAGUUCAGCAGAUGUAGCGGGCUUACCAUCAUGGGAGAUUUUCUUACAUUUUUGCCAUGAAUUUAAUUCGGUUAAGAAAAUUAAGGAAUUAAGAGUUAUACUGGUUCAACCAGAAACGGAUUGUGACAGGAAUGAAUAUUACAAUGUUUGCACCAGAUGCGUCAUUGCAAAGAGGAAACUAUACCUUGGGAAUGCAAGUGUGUCAUAUGACGAUUAUAUUCGCACACAAUUGUAUAAAGAAGCAAAUAUCAUAAUUGCAUUUCAAGCAGAAUUUAAUGCGGGGAGUGCACCGUUUGAAAUUUUCCGCGCAACACAAGAUCGUAAAUGUCCGUUUUUUUUCACCACUGCGUCACAAAAUGAAGCAGAAGAGGGCAUAAUGAAGUUACAUGAAGUAAUGAAUGUUCCUAGAGAACAUCGUUCUGUAGAAAAUAAAUUUUGUAGUUAUAGACCUUUCAGAAUCUACGGGACUGGUGAAAUUUAUUAUCGUAAUACUUAUUUAGUUGUGUUCUCAUGAACUUAAAUAAUACAAGCGAGACAACAAGACAUUGAGUUAAUAUAUAACAACGUCCGGAAUUUUUUUCAGUUUGGGAACGGUUUCGAGGUUACACUUACUUACUAUACUUCCCUUUUCCACUCUAACUAGUUCGCAGGGUCAUAGGAUUAAUAAUUGCAUUGCUCUGCCUUAAGGCCAUCACACACAAAAUUACAUAGACGCAUAUGCAUAGCAUAAGAUCGCGAUUUUGAUUAUUAAGUCGCGAUAUUGAUGACUGAUGCUUAAUUUUCGAUGCCCAUUGGUCUAUACGAUCUUAUGCUAUGCAUAUGCGUUUAUGUAAUUUUGUGUGUGAUGGCCUUUAUGGCCGUUUAUACGAAGUUUAUAUUGUACGAAUAAAAUUUUAAUCGGCUGUUGAUAAGUGCCUCACAUAUGUUACACUAUCAAUGAUCCUAAGGCUUCGUUCUUCAGUUGAACUGAAACGGCAAAGUGUACCUGAGCCCGACAAAAAGUGAAGAUCAGUUAAUUUUCUCGUUAGUUUAAUCUUCAUUGUAAUUUUAUAUUCUUAUACUUGUAUUUCUAUACUUUGUUAUAAUUGUAUUUGCAAUUUAGUUAUAAAUGUAUCCGCAAUAUUUCAGCAUUAUUGUUUAUUACAUGUAAAUGUAUUUGAGAGCAUUCGAGUA